AUGACUAUUAUUAUGUCAUCAAAAAAAAGGACAAUAGAUGAGUCAAAUGCAUCCUUUAUCAACAACAAGUGGAGGACUGGAAAUCAAGAAACUUUGAAAAAUGGAAUACAGUGUAUACCAUUUACAGCAAGAGGAGAGGAGGAGUCAUUGCUAGAUAUAGCCUUAUUGAACUACAAUCCAUCUGGAACAGAAAUACAAUUAUCCAGUCAGAAGGAGAGACUGAUCAUGGGAAUUGCUAGAUGGAUCAUGGGACUAGAGCAUCACUGUGUGAGCCACAAGUUAGAUGAGAGUCAAGUGGGAGCAGCAGUGGUAGUAGCAGCAAAAAUCCAGGAGAAGAGCCCAAUUACUGAUUACAAAUGUCUAGUAAUACUGACAGAAGUGGAGUUAAUAGUAAUAGAAGAUAAGAACCUGGCAGACCAAUGUGCUGGGCAUGAGAUUUAUUCCCGGAAUCAGAUACACAAGAGGAACAAAUGUCCUCCCCAGUCAAUAGUAUUCCAGGUGAGGAUGGAUACAAUACCUGAAGUGAGUUUCAAAGGAGAUGAGUUGUUUAGGAGAGAGAUCUAUAGUAAUACAGAGGGAGAAAAGAGAGAGUUGAGAGGAAUGAGUGAAAGCGAAUUAAUAGAUCUAAAUUGUAGUAGUACUUCUAGUAAAAGAGAUUGGGCACUAUUUUACACCACUUACAUGGGUGCUGGACGUAUGACUGAAUUCGAAGACGCAGCGCAGAAAUAUAGUUCAGAGAGGUAA